AUGGGGAAGGAAAGUGCAGUCCUUGCCAUUCCGUGUCUCUCGCCCGUACAAUUCCCCACCACUCUGUACAACUGCGCGUUCCUGGAGGACGAGGAUGGCGAGCGCGGCAGGCUGGCGGCGGCCGGCGGCGUCGCGGAUGGCGAGCCCAGGAAUAGUUUCACGGUGCAAACUGCUGCCCGGUUCGGCGCAGCGCAAGCCACGCCGGAUUCCGACUCCGCCACCGCGAUGAUAACCCAUUACCCCUCCCUGCUCCGCGCACCCCUCCCCGCCGGCCUCCGCCACCUGACUCCCCACGCUUUCCAUUUCACCGCCACCGCUUACUCCCGUCUUCCGCCGCCACCCUUCCGCGUGCGGCCUCUGCGCGCCGCCGCUGGAGGAGGCUCACCGGUAGCUGGUGAUGGAGGCAAACGCGCCACGCCUCCCCCGCUGGGAGCCGCGGUGCUCGACUUCGUGCGGAGCAACUUCCUCCCUCUAGCUCUAAUCGGUGGGAUUGCUUUGGCCCUCCUGGAUCCAACUCUUGGAUGCCUUGCUCACAAAUAUUCCCUGUCAAAAUACAGCACUUUUGGGAUAUUCAUUAUCUCAGGACUGACUCUGCGUACCAAGGAGCUUGGUGCAGCGUUACAAGCUUGGCCUGCUGGACUAUUUGGACUAGGCUCAAUUUUGCUGUUGACGCCCUUUCUUGCAAAAUUUAUUGUGCAAAUUCAGUUCUUCCCUCGUGAAUUUAUCACUGGGUUGGCCAUGUUUUGUUGCAUGCCAACAACAUUAUCAAGUGGAGUCACACUAACACAGCUUGCCGGUGGUAAUUCUGCACUUGCUCUUGCAAUGACAGUCAUAUCCAAUCUGCUGGGCAUUAUAUUUGUACCUCUUUCACUUGCAAAGUACAUUGGCGCUGGUGCUGGGGUGUCUUUGCCUACAGAGAAACUGUUCAAAAGUCUGGUCAGCACCCUUUUAAUACCCCUUAUUUUAGGCAAGGUUGCCCGAGAAACCUCAAAAGAUAUUGCUGAAUUUGUUGAUGGGAAUCGCCAGGGACUUUCAGUUAUAAGUGCUGUUCUUCUCAGCCUAGUCCCAUGGAUACAAGUAAGUAGAUCAAGAUCAAUGCUCUUGUCCGUGCAGGCAAAAGCUUUUGCUAUUACUGUGACCAUUGGAGUGCUUUUACAUCUUGCUCUGUUGGCUUUCAAUGCUACAGCACUGCAGCUCUUGUCGUGUCUUAAACAGAAGGAAGAAUCGGUCUUCACAAGCAAAGAAUAUUCACGAGCUGUCAUUUUGGUGGCCAGUCAGAAAACACUGCCGGUGUUGGUUGCUGUGGUUGAGCAGCUUGGAGGUGCUUUGGGAGAGUCCGGAUUUCUUGUCAUCCCAUGUGUUGCUGCCCACAUUAAUCAGAUCAUUAUCGAUUCUAUCCUAGUAAAUUGGUGGCGCCAGAGAGACCAACAAUCUACUAAUGCAAAAUAACUCAGAAUUCGAAUUUGAUAAUAAGUUGAACAGUAAUCCGGAACUACUCUGGGAAGUUUGUCACCGAGUGAAAUUAAGGUUACAGCAUAUUCAGUCAUUUUGUAAGGAAACAUCCAUUGAUAUUUUCUUCUUCUUUAGAACACCUGGGCUGCUUAAAGCACUGCCCUUUCAGAUGGUAGAACAACUAAUGAGAAUGCAGUUUCAGCUUGUGGUUUA